CUGUACAACACUGUGUGAAGUGGCGGAGAGCGACUAAUCCGGACGUUUUUUUCAAAAAAAAAAAAUAGAAAAAAAGUAAUGUAGAUAAAGGUUGACAUUUGUUACGUUUAUAAUUCCUGUCGUCAUCUACUCGUGUGGCCGUGUCCUCACUGUCUCGUGUCUCGUCGAUAAAAUAAUUUCGUUUUUCUAAUUAUUCAAUUAUCAAACACAUAUUUAUUCGCCUUUACGCUUAUGAAUAUUUUUAAUAAUACUCAUAAAUAUUUAUAAUUGUGCUUUCGUCACUCUUACUCAUUAACGUCGAUUACGAACGGCUUAUCACUAUUUUUUACCAAUUGACUUACGUUCCCGUUGCUACCGGUCGUCUAGUCGAAAUUAUGUGGAACGACAACUAUUAUCACAGUUGCAAUAGGAACGUCUGUUCGUUUUAUAAGAGGAGACAUGUCUACAGGGAUUUUCAAUCAAAAAUGAAAAACGUUGAACACGUUACUUCGUUGCCGUUAAUGCAGAACGGACAACUGGACGUGUCGACUAAAGAUUUGAACCACAUGCGACCCGCGGCCAUGCUGUCCACGUGCGACGACCGGAAGCGCCAAGGCGCCGCGGGCCGUAACCAAACCGAUCUCAGCCGCCUGGCCGUGCUAAGCUACGAACAGGUGGCCCGACUGAACGACGUGAUGGACGAGACAGUGAGCAUCCAUGGCCGCGGCAACUUCCCCACGCUGGAAGUGCGCCUCCGCGACCUGGUGGCCAUGGUGCGCGAUAGGUUGCGCGCGCAGGCCGCCCCAGAAGACGACGACGUGGCGUUCUCGACGGAACGGUGCACGGUGGACGUUGAUGACAACACAUCGUUCCAAGUGAACAGCAUCAGACUGAACGGCGGCGCCGCGUCGCACGUGCUGACAACAGACACGCAGCCGUAUAACGACCUGGAUCUGAUAUUCAACAUCAGUCUGUCCGGCAACCGGGACUUUGACCGCGUCAAGUCGGCCGUGCUCAAGGCGCUCGUGGACCUGCUGCCGGAGGGCGUGAGCCGCAAACGGAUGACACCGUGCAGCAUCAAGGAGGCGUACGUCAGCAAAAUGGUCAAAGUGAACAAGGACGGUGACCGGUGGUCGUUGAUCUCGCUGGGCACGUUGCCGGGCCAACGGAACGUCGAGCUCAAGUUCGUCGACAAGAUGAAGCGGCCGUUCGAGUUCUCCGUCGACUCGUUUCAGAUCGUGCUCGACUCGCUGCUGCUCUUCUACCAGUGUUCCAGCGGCGUGCCGAUCAGCGAGAACUUCUACCCGACCGUGGUCGGCGAGUCCGUGUACGGCGACUUCCGUGACGCCAUGUACCACCUGGAGAACAAGUUGAUCGUCACCAGGAACCCGGAGGAGAUCCGGGGCGGCGGUCUGCUCAAGUACUGCAAUCUGCUGUUGCGCAACUACGCGCCCGACUACGACGGCGACGGCACCAAGAAACUGGAGCGGUACAUGUGCUCUAGGUUCUUCAUCGACUUCUCGGACAUCAACCAACAGCGCGCCAAGCUGGAAAACUAUUUGAAGAACCAUUUCUGCGCCCCGCAAGAGGAGUACAUGAAGCUACAGUACCUGAACGUUUUGAAACAGGUGGUCGAGGAGAGCACCGUAUGCUUGAUGAUACACGAGAGGCACCAGACAUUGGCUUUGAUCUCCGAACUGUCUUGGCAACUGAUGGCUGGACAUGGAAUGUACUACUAUUAUCAUCCGCAACCACAAUUGACCAUGUCCAUUGGUCAUCAUAGCCAGUUGCCAACACAACUCCAUUGCCCUUCAUAAGUGUUUUUUAAUUUAUUUAUAUUAAUUUUAUUAAUCUAUUUUUUUUUUUAGAAAAAUGAUACGGUUAACGAUUUUUAACAUCCAAAUGUUCAUAAUAAUAUAAUACAUUUGUUUACGAUCUCUAAAAACAAAAAAAAAAAAAAAAACAAAAAAAAAAUGUCUCUCGCACUAUGCCCCGUGUAUUUUCCACGUAAUCUACGAUACACUGUGCUAACGCCGACUUAGUGAACAAAUUCACGUUUAUUUAUUGUUUACACGACUUUGAAUGAUAUUAAUAUUAAAACGUCUGUAUUGAUUUAUUUAUUAUUUUGUGA